AUCCAGUUUGUUUAAGCCAUUGGUGGGACCGACAGGCCAUGGCUGCUGCACUCUGGACCGAUCUCAAAGGCCAAGUGUCGAAGAUGAAGUCGACACAUUUGCGCACCUUGAUGGCAGAUCAGGUGCGGAACGAUGCCAUGUACGUCGCCAGUGGCCAGAUGGUUCUGGACUACAGUCGGCAAAAGGUGGAUACUGAGACCAUGUCCAAGCUCUUCGAGCUCGCAGACAAGGCAGGUGUGGAACAGAAGAAGCAGCAGAUGUUUUCGGGACAGAAAAUCAAUGAAACCGAAGGUCGCGCUGUCCUGCACUGUGCCCUGCGAGCACCACGCUCGGCCUCCAUCGCGGUGGAUGGGCAGAACGUGGUGCCUGAGGUUUGGAAGGUCUUGGACGCCAUGAAGGGCUUCUCUGAUAAGGUUCGUUCCGGCGAAUGGAAAGGCUUCACCGGCAAAGCCCUGACCGAUGUGGUGUGCAUCGGGAUUGGAGGCUCCUACCUGGGCGUGGAGUUUGUCUACGAAGCCUUAAAGACCGACCCGGAGGCUGCCGCAGCAGCCAGCGGUCGCAAGUUGCGGUUCUUGGCCAAUGUAGACCCCAUCGACGUGCAGAGGGCCCUUGAAGGCUUGAACCCAGAGACGACCUUGGUGGUGAUCAUCUCCAAGACCUUCACCACUGCAGAGACGAUGCUCAAUGCCAAGACCGUCAAGGCAUGGUUGGUGAAGGCGAUGGGCGAAGACUGUGUGGCGAAGCACGUGGUGGCCUGCUCUACAGCACUGGAUAAGACCAAGGCCUUUGGCAUCGACUCCAACAACGUCUUUGGCUUCUGGGACUGGGUGGGAGGUCGUUUCUCCGUUUGGAGUGCCGUGGGAGUUCUGGCGUUGUCUCUGCAGUAUGGCUUUGGUGUGGUGAACUCCUUUCUUGAAGGAGGGCAUGCCAUGGAUGAACAUUUCCAGAAGGCGGCGGCCAAAGAUAAUCUGCCCCUGAUCCUGGGAUUGCUGGACGUGUGGAAUGGCAGCCUGUUGGGCUACGAAGGUGUGGCCAUCCUGCCCUACUGCCAGGCCCUGCUUCGUUUCGUGCCACACAUCCAGCAGCUGGACAUGGAAAGCAACGGCAAGGGCGUGCAAAUGGACGGCACUCCUGUGGCGGUGCCCACCGGCGCCAUUAACUUUGGGGAGCCUGGAACCAACGGUCAACACAGUUUCUACCAGUUGAUGCAUCAGGGCCGUGUAGUGCCUUCGCACUUCAUCGGCUUUGCGAAGUCUCAAAAUCCAGUGGAGCUUCCGGGGGAGGCAGUCACCAACCACGAUGAGCUCAUGUCGAACUUCUUCGCACAGCCAGAUGCCUUGGCUCUGGGAAAGACCUCCGAAGAGUUGAAGGUUGACGGUAUCUCAGAGAAGCUCAUCCCGCACAAGACCUUCACGGGCGAUCGCCCGUCCCUGUCUCUCUUGUUGCCGGUAUGCAAUGCCUUCUGGCUUGGUCAGCUGCUGGCCAUGUAUGAGCACCGAACCGCCACCAUCGGCUGGCUUUUGAAUGUGAAUUCCUUCGAUCAGUGGGGUGUGGAACUGGGUAAGGUCCUGGCAAAGGAGGUGCGAGGCUAUUUGAGCCAGGCGAGGAAAGGCUCUGCAGAUGACUCCAAGUUCUUGCCGCCAACCAAGAAGCUCUUGGCCAAAUAUCUGGCGUGAAAGGGAUGGCAUCGUCGAUGAACGAGGAACCGCUCGUGAGUCCGGUGCAUCGCGCAGCUUCAAAAACAUCAGGGGUCGAAUAUGUGGUAUGAUUUACUGUACAAACAUGAUUU